AUGAAUAAAACUAUAAAGAGUGAAGUGCGAAAACUAUUGUUUUGUAUGAUUUCGAAAUAUGAAGAGAAAAAGCUUGUGAAACAAGCCGUAUUGCGAGAAAAACAGGAUUGUUUACGUACUGUGACUGUUUUUUUAGAUAGUCUUGAGGAUAAUGCACGAACUGCUGAAGUAAAACAAGCAAUUAAAAAGAUCACAGAUUUAGAUCAAAAAGAUAUGAUGAAAUCGCAGAACCAGUACUUAGAAGAACUAUCUUCACUCACCGAUGUAAGUGUUAUUACAUUGAAGAGAAUUAAAAAAGAAGGUGCGGUGAACGAAGGGGUCUGGAGGACUCCAGGUAAAAAACGACCCCACCCUUCAAAAGUGUCGAACUUAGAUAGUUUCGAUAUGGAUGUUAUUCGAAAUAAAAUAAACGAAUUUUACAUUGUGAGGAAACAAGUACCAACAUUAAGAUCUUUGUUGGUAGAGUUAAAAGAAAGUAUAGAAUUUGGUGGAUGUCGUGAAACUCUCCGUCGCAUAUUAUUAGCCAACGGUUAUGUAUUUAAGAAAAACAAAAAUGAACGUUCAUUAUUAAUUGAACGGUAUGAUAUAGCUGCAUGGAGACAUCGCUUUUUGCGUACCAUUGCAUCGAAGCGUGCAGAAGGCAAGCCAAUAAUCUACUUAGAUGAAACUUAUGUCCACAAAACCUAUAAGCCUAAAAAAUGUAUGCAAGGUCCAUCAACAAGUGGAAUAGUUGAAAAUAUAUCGUCAGGAAAACGAUAUAUUAUUGUGGAUGCAGGAUCAGAGAAAGGCCCUGUUCCAAACUCAUUGUUAGUAUUUAGCACCAAAUCGAAAAUGGCCGACUACCACCAUGACAUGAAUUCCACAAACUUCAACAAAUGGCUUCAAGAAAAGCUUAUGCCCAAUUUGAAUGAACCAUAUGUAAUUGUAAUGGACAAUGCAUCAUACCAUUCUGUCAUAAUAAAUAAAGCGCCCACAUCUCAAAAUCGAAAGUUAGAGAUACAGAAUUGGCUUACAUUGAAUGGUAUUUCAUUUGAAACAUACAAUUCAAAAGCAGAGUUGCUUUGCUUAGUAAAACAGAACACACCAGAACCUAUUUAUGAAGCUGAUGAACUUUUAAGCCUAAACGGACAUGAAGUGCUAAGACUUCCUCCAUAUCAUUGUGACCUAAAUGCUAUAGAACUCAUAUGGAGUCUAGCAAAAAGAAAUGUGGGAAGCAAAAAUGUAAGCCGAACUCCAAAAGAGUUCGAGGAUCUCAUAAAACAAUCUUUUGAGUGUAUUACAGCAGAUGAUUGGAAAAAAAUGACAGACCAUGUCAUUCAUGUGGAAGACAAGUACAAAAGAAGAGACAAUAUAACUGAAAAUAAUUUAGAAAGCUUCAUCAUCAAUUUAAGAGACAGCAGCGACUCCAGUGAUUCUGACGAUUCACUUCAUGUUGAAUUUUUACAUUCAGAUUUUGAUUAUAGUGAUUAA